AUGUCUUGCUUGUUGCGGCCGGAGAAGAAGAAGAAGAAGAAGAAGAAGAAGAGACUGUCCUUCAGCCGGGUGGACACUCAAACAGCUCUGUGUCCGGCGGCGUUGCGGACAAAGCGAGGGACCCCCUGGCUGGUCAACUCGUCCUUUCAGCACUCUGUGGAGGACGUCAAGCUGCUCUUUGAGAUCCUUCUGACUGGAGUGGAGAUCGGAGGUGAGGUAGACAUUUUCCUCGUCCCAGAUCCGGAGCUGGCCUCUCAGAGGCGUCAGGACUGCAAAGACGUCCUGCCCAAGCGGCUUUCUGAAACCAAAUGUCUCGCUUCUGUGUUGGAUCAACUUCGGCCUCCUUUGAGCCAGCAGGACUUAGAAAGGACCGUGCUCAGUCUGGUGUUCUCCACCUAG